AUGGGUCUCGCCGACUUUUUCUCCGAUAUGAUCUCCUCCCUGAGCUUCCCCGAGGCCCAGGCUGAGGCUCCCGCCGAGACCGUCGAGCAGACCAGCCAGGAGGCUGAGACCGAGGACAAGGCCGACGAAGAGACCUCCGAGAGCACUGAGGAAUCUGGUGAGGAGACUCCUGCCGAGGAGGCUUCCGAGGGCGGCGAGGAGGAGCCGGAGCAAGAAGAGGAAGAGGAGGAAGAGGAGGAGGAGGAAGAGGAGGAGGCUGAGGACAUCAAGCCCAAGCUUGAGGAGGACUGCGCCAACUCUCCCCAGUGCGCCCCCUACAAGCACCACUACGAUGAGUGCGUUGAGCGCGUAACCCGGCAGGAGGAGGAUGCCGACUACAAGGGCCCCAAGGAGGACUGUGUUGAGGAGUUCUUCCACCUCGCCCACUGCGCCACCCAGUGCGCUGCUCCCCAGCUCUGGAAGACCCUCGCCUAA